AUGUUUCGCGAUAAUUACCACGAUAACCGAUACGAUAAACACAUCAAUAUGUACCCCCCUGUGGCGGCUACAGCCAAUACUAGUGGUUCUGCUGUUUCACAGGUGGCAACAGAACCAGUGGCACCUUACCCCUUGGAAGAUGUCGCUGAGGUUAUCAACCCUAUUCCAGUUUACAAAUCGUCAACUCCGACUUCUACGCGACCGUUGGUCGAAUCAAGCGCCAGUAGUGGUAGCAGCACUCAUGAUCGGUACGAGCAUCCUUUCCAACUACCACCAACUACAACUACAAGUGUGGAGUCAUUGAGACCACAGGAAACACGAGAAAGAAUACCGCCGCCGCCUUAUGAAGAAUCAGAAAAUAAGAUUUUACAGGAGAAGGCUUAUAGGACUGAGGAAGAACCCACGAAGGUACCGCAGCCUCCAAGGGAGAGGAAACGCGAUCUGUCACAGUAUUCGCCCAGUGGAUUGAAAUUCUACGAGAUUUAUAACACCACGGUGAAGGACUCUGUCAGCUUUACACCAGAAGUUCAAAUGAAAUGGUGUGAGACCUUGCUGGAGUUUGCAUUCGACGAAGAGUUUCUCAGUCAUUAUAAUAUCAAUGCAGAAAAAUUGAAACGAGAGUUAAAACCGGAAGAGGUCACCAAGAACCAGAAAGUGAUUCUUGAACAUUCUUUUAAAGUUUUGGCGAAACUGAUAACGAUGAAAUGGGGACCGGCGAUGUAUCUCAUGGGCACUUUGUAUUCGCAUCAACCAUACCUGGCGAUCAAAAACAAGAGCAUCGUUGUGCGCAACGAUAAGAAAGCACUCGAAUACUACUGUCGUGCGGCAAAGAGUAAUCAUUCUGAAGCUUGUUACCGUGCUGGUGUUUGCUACGAGUUUCAAAAGGGUACAGCGGACGUAUCGUCUCAGUCGGAGUCCCUCACACUAGCGUUCAGGUAUUAUUUGCGUGGUGCUGAGUUGUGUUCGAACUCUGCCUGCAUGUACAAGCUUGGUAUGUUUUGUCUCUACAGAGAAGAUUUCCAGGACGUUCCGCAAGCAAUGUCAUGGUUCAAGAAUGCCGCCAAGCAGCACAAUUCUCCACAAGCCCUCUACGAGCUAGGUAAGAUCUACGAAUUCACAUCGCUACCAUUCACAGUUCAACGACUACUCACGGAAAACAAUAUUACACCAAACCCAACCAAAGCACUUAAAAACUAUUAUGCAUGCGCUACAAAAUGCGAGUAUCCAUUAGCGCAAUGGAAGCUAGGCCACUGCUACGAGUUCGGUGAGCUACAAUUGCCGGUUAUCGCCAAGAAAUCUAUUGCAUGGUACGCCAAGGCAGCCCUCGCGGAACCAAAGGGUAAUGCUAUGGCCAUGCUUGCACUCAGCGGAUGGUACCUUACGGGUGCCACAGGUGUAUUACAGCCAAAUGACCAAGAAGCAUUCAAGUGGGCACUGCAAAGUUGUGAAGCCUCUGACGGUAAGCUUGCACGGGCGGAAUACGCGCUCGCUUACUACUACGAAAGAGCCAUCGGCUGCACACAAGAUCCAGCGCAAGCCAGGGUUCAUUAUGAGAGAGCUGCCAGGUUAGGGCACUCCAAAGCUAUCUCUAGACUUCAAUCCGGUCUAUAA